CUAAGCACUCCUCUCUCUCUCUUCUUCUCCUGCUUCCCUCCACCUUUUCCCUCGUUUCCUUUCCCUCUCCCGCUCUCUCUCUCUCUCUAAAAGCGUUCGUGGGAGAGCUUGGGAGGAGAUAGAGAUAGGCAUGGGCAAGUAUAUGAGGAAGGCGAAGGUGUUGGGGGAGGUGGCGGUGAUGGAGGUCUCCGCCCAGUCCUCUCUCGGCGUCCGCACCCGCGCCCGCACCCUCGCACUCCAGCGCCUCCAGAAGCCCUCCCCGCCGCCGGACUCCUCCUCCUACCUCGAGCUCCGCAGCCGCCGCCUCGAGAAGCCACCGCCACUCGCCCCCAAAGGGUCCCCGGCCAAGCCCAACCCGCCCCACCAUCGAACCAAAGAGGCGAAUACCGCAUCGCUCCCCGACUCCGACAAGGGCAUGCCGGAGGCCGAGGUGUCGUCCGGGGAGAAUGUUCUCGAGGCCGAAGCAAGGGACAGGAGUGUCAGGGAGACCACGCCCUGCAGUUUGAUAAGGGAUUCAGAAACCAUAGGAACUCCUGGCUCUACAACGAGACCUACCAGCUCAACUGCCACCAAUCGGAGAAUGCACAAUUCUAUGCGCAGGAACAUCCCAACUGCACAUGAGAUGGAAGAAUUUUUUGCUGGGGCUGAGCUGCGACAACAACGAAUAUUUAUAGAGAAGUACAACUUUGAUCCAGUGAAUGACCACCCACUCCCCGGCCGGUAUGAAUGGGUGGAACUGGACUCGUAGAUAGCAGAUCUCCAUCUUGGUGCUGCUUCAUUUCCUGCAGCUUCUCCAUUGAUCUCUGCCCAGGGUUUUCAAUGAGGGCGGUGCUGCAGCACUGGUGGUGGCGGGUAUCACUGCCCUUUCUUUUAUGUUGUAAAAAAACCAGUAGUGCCAAAGAUAGUUUGCAGUCUCUAAUGGUCUGUAACCCAUAUGGAGCUGAUGAGCUACAUCUAGAGAAAAACCCGCAGGUUCAGACUCAGUACAACUAACAGAUCAUGCAGAGGGGAAAAAAGUAGGGUCAAUCUUUUUUAUAGUUUUCCUUGAUAGAACCAGUUAUGUAUUAGGCUCUUUUGUUGGGUAGGAGGUAUACAAUGCUGCAUCUGAUCUUGUAUUUUGUCAAUACUGCUGCUGAUGGACCUGAAAAGCUCAUUGGGAAAUAAAGUGACCCAUUUGCCCUUGUAUUCUACUCC